AUGGUUGGAUGGAUGUGUUGUGUGCAGGCCGAAGCCCGGUCAUUGCAGGGCUGCCUCAGCCUCUUGGCGGGCCGCCCGUCCGUCACCGUCCGCCAGCUGCAGGCCGCCAUGACCGCCGGCCCCAGAGAGGGCGGCCCCAGGCCCCGGGGCACCCAGCAAGUAGCCCGCCACCUUCUCCUCAGCUUCCUGCUCCUCACCCCCGCGGGCCGCACCGUGGCCAGAGAGGCCAUCACGCAGAUGGCCCGGUCCAAGGAGGCGGCCCGCGAGGUCUUCGGCCUCCUGGCCCGGAUGGCGUACAGAGCGGACUCCCUCGGCCCCGAAGCCGGCCCUCUGGCCCGGGAACUACUACAGAGCCUCCGGCCUAUGCUGUAGACGCCCCCACCACCCGGGACGGGUCCUCCUCGCCACUGGAGACAUCUUGGACUCCCCUGGAUUUCCGGGCCCGCCUCAGAGAAUCCCGAGAGAGCACCAAGUCUUGUCGGUUUCCAGUCACCCCCCUUCAGAGACCAGGAGAGAGCACAAAGUCUCGUCUGUUUCUGG